UCCCACGCACGCUCCGGUCGUACGGCGGCGGCCAGGGGUCGCGAACCGGUGGAGGACCGGAGCGCGGAGGAGCCCGAGAAGUCAGCGCUUCUUCCCUCCCUCCCCUACUCCCCUCCCCCGUUCCCUCCCCCCUUCCCCAAGAAUGUUCCGCUACGAGUCUUUGGAGGAUUGUCCUCUGGAUGAAGAUGAAGAUGCAUUUCAGGGCCUAGGAGAGGAAGAUGAAGAGAUUGAUCAGUUCAAUGAUGAUACAUUUGGAUCAGGUGCAGUUGAUGAUGAUUGGCAGGAAGCACAUGAGCGCCUGGCUGAAUUGGAAGAGAAACUACCCGUGGCAGUUAAGGAACAAACAGGCAAUGGAGAAAAGGAUGAGAUGGACUUGUUGGGUGACCAUGAGGAGAAUCUAGCAGAAAGGCUUAGUAAGAUGGUGAUUGAAAAUGAACUAGAAGAUCCAGCUAUCAUGAGGGCAGUGCAGACCAGGCCAGUUUUGCAACCCCAGCCAGGAAGUCUCAAUUCCAGCAUCUGGGAUGGAUCUGAAGUUCUGAGGCGAAUCCGAGGACCACUGCUGGCUCAGGACAUGCCUACUGUAUCUGUGUUGGAAUAUGCCUUGCCUCAGAGGCCUCCACAUGGCCCAGAAGAUGAUAGGGACCUUUCUGAGCGUGCAUUACCAAGGCGAUCAACUUCACCUAUCAUUGGGAGUCCUCCUGUUAGAGCUGUCCCCAUAGGCACCCCACCUAAGCAGAUGGCUGUACCCAGCUUCAACCAGCAGAUUCUGUGCCCGAAGCCUGUCCAUGUUCGGCCCCCAAUGCCACCACGUUAUCCUGCUCCCUAUGGUGAGAGGAUGUCUCCAAACCAGCUCUGCAGUGUCCCAAACUCUUCUCUCCUGGGUCACCCUUUCCCUCCUAGUGUUCCUCCUGUUCUCAGUCCUCUCCAGAGAGCUCAGCUUCUUGGAGGAGCUCAGCUACAGCCUGGACGGAUGUCUCCCAGCCAGUUUGCACGGGUCCCUGGAUUUGUUGGUAGUCCACUUGCUGCCAUGAAUCCCAAGUUACUGCAAGGGCGAGUUGGGCAGAUGCUUCCCCCAGCACCAGGCUUCCGUGCCUUCUUCAGUGCUCCACCUCCCACUACACCACCCCCUCCACAGCAGCACCCUUCUGGCCCAGGACCUCACCUGCAAAACCUAAGAUCUCAGGCCCCAGUGUUUAGACCGGACACAACUCACCUUCACCCACAGCACCGUCGACUCUUGCACCAGAGACAGCAACAGAAUAGAAAUCAGCAUCGUAAUCUUAAUGGGGCAGGAGAUAGAGGAAAUCAUCGGAGCAGUCAUCAAGAUCAUCUCCGCAAGGAUCCAUAUGCCAAUCUCAUGUUGCAGCGAGAAAAGGAUUGGGUCUCUAAAAUCCAGAUGAUGCAACUGCAAAGCACUGAUCCCUACCUGGAUGAUUUUUAUUACCAGAAUUACUUUGAGAAACUGGAGAAACUGUCAGCUGCUGAAGAAAUGCAAGGUGAUGGACCUAAAAAGGAGCGCACCAAGCUCAUUACCCCUCAGGUGGCCAAACUGGAGCAUGCCUAUAAGCCAGUGCAGUUUGAGGGCUCUUUGGGGAAGCUUACCGUCUCUAGUGUGAAUAAUCCCCGAAAAAUGAUUGAUGCUGUUGUGACAUCUCGGAGUGAGGAUGAUGAGACAAAAGAAAAGCAGGUUCGGGACAAGAGAAGAAAAACCCUUGUCAUAAUUGAGAAAACAUACAGUUUACUCCUUGAUGUGGAGGAUUAUGAAAGGCGUUAUCUCCUAAGUCUAGAAGAAGAGAGACCUGCUCUGAUGGAUGAAAGAAAGCACAAAAUUUGUAGCAUGUAUGACAACUUACGGGGAAUACUGCCUGGACAAGAGAGGCCAAGCGAUGACCACUUUGUACAGAUCAUGUGUAUCCGAAAAGGGAAGAGAAUGGUUGCCCGUAUUCUUCCUUUCCUCUCCACAGAGCAAGCAGCUGACAUUCUCAUGACAACAGCCAGGAACCUCCCUUUCCUUAUCAAGAAGGACGCACAAGAUGAGGUGCUGCCAUGCUUAAUGAGUCCCUUCUCUCUCCUCGUCUAUCAUCUUCCAUCAGUGACUGUCACCAGCCUUCUGCAACAGUUAAUAAACCUACCUCAGAGUGCAGCUGCACCAGCACCCUCUAAUCCUCACCUCACUGCUGUGCUCCAGAACAAGUUUGGCCUGUCACUGCUCCUCGUCAUCCUGAGCCGUGGGGAAGACCUACAGAGUUCAGACCCUUCUACGGAAUCAACACAAAACAAACAGUGGACGGAGGUGAUGUUCAUGGCAACCCGAGAACUCCUCCGGAUUCCCCAAGCAGCCCUGGCCAAACCAAUCUCCAUACCCACAAACCUAGUAUCCCUCUUCUCUCGCUAUGUUGACCGACAGAAACUGAAUUUGCUGGAGACGAAACUGCAGCUAGUUCAGGGGAUACGAUAAAAGAUCUCCAUGUGUGUCCUGUACCUCCUUUUGGCUGCCACCUGCACUGUUGCCAUCACCAUUGGAGUGUUUUAAUGAGGGAGGGAAGGUAGCUUAUUUCCCAAAGGAAAGUUUUGUGGGAUCGAUUCCUGUUUACAGGGAUUGUCUCUAAAUGCCAGGUAUUUCCCCACUGCUCUGUGAAAUUUGGCUGGGUGAUACUUCUGCUCGUUUCUUACCUUCUAUGUUACAAUUCUGCAUGCCCUGCUUUUACUCAGUCUUUCUCAAUUUUGCGUUUUCUUUGCCCUAAAGACACAAAUAUAAUCUUUCCCUUUAUUCCACCACCACUACUCCAGCUCAGAGUAGAUCAUAGCCUGCCAAAGGAUUCCUUCCCUUAUCCUAUUGACGUCUUUUUUCAUUGCCCUAUAUUAGUUGUGACUGUAGGGGAGCCAGUUAAGUAGAACUCAAUAUAUGUACACACACACACACACACACUCUCAUGUGCACGCCCCUUAUACAUGCAUUUAUAUGGUCCCGAGAUGGUCCUUAAAGAACAAGAUUUGGAUUGAAAAAUAUUUAAUUGACACAUCCCUCCUCUAAACACAAACCAGCUGAUUUAGUCUGUUUCUGUUCCAUCUUGUAAUUUUGAUGGGUUCUACUUAUUUUAUUCUAAAUACAGGGUAUACAGCAUAUUUAAUAAAAUCAGAACUCUUAAUUGGCUGAUGCCCAGCUAUAAGCCAAGAAGUCCUUAUUCUCAUCCCUACCUUUAUCUCCUUUGUUUCUGUCCACCUCAGUGGAAACAGCCCACGGUAAAGCCUCUUCUUCUCUGUUACAACUACAGUGUACUUGAGCUCAUCCCCUCAAGUGCAUGCAAGGUUACCCAGGAUGAUCCUAAUUUAUAGCCUGCUUCCACAGUGUAGCUUUUUGCACACUCCCCCUGUCUUCCUGAAACUACUUCAGUAAGCCGUGCUUUUACUUCUCUCUUCCCCAUUUUCGUUUGGUGUCAUGGGUAGAAACGUCCAGAUGUAACCAUGAAAGCUAAAUUUGGCCUGCUUUGCUCCUCAUUUCCUCCAUACCAUGAGCAGAAUUGUUGUCCUUGCUUCUCUGUCUCACCCACGUCCCAUUGCCAGGCAGCCAGGGGCCUGGGUUUGAGCCCUAGCAGGACAGCCCACCAUGAUCGUUUUCACUUGCCCCUCUCCUAUUCACCAAUCAGCCAGGAUAAGAGGUUUUGAUCCCUAGUGAUUACAGCCCUCAAAAAAAUUAAAUCUGAAUUAAUUUUACAUGACCAUCCUGAUUUACUUUCUGCUGUUCUCUCUCACCUUUUGGAAUGUAGUGGGGAGGACAGGUUAUGAUAUUUAAAGAGAAUAAACAUUUUGCACAUACAUGUAUUGUACAACAGUAAACUCCUCCGUUAUAACCAGCUGUCUUUGUUUUCCAUUCUCUCUCCAUCUCCAUUUCUUCCUAUUCUGUAGCCCCAGGCUCCACCAGCCUCCCCAGUGACAUUACCACGUAGCUUCCCUCUACCAUACCUACUGACUGUUUCCACUCGGCGCCUUUCCUAACUUCCCUUCACAACUGAUCAAGUGAAUACUUGAUUAUUUCUUCUUUCUGUGCUUUAUCUUUUUUGUUUGGUUCUAAUUAAUGAAAAUAAAAGUUUCUAAAUUUACAUUUUUAUAGGGUAUUGUAAAUAAAAACAAAUUGUAUACUUGAAAAA